AUGAUAACUGUUAGUACAAUUCAACAUCCAAUUGGACCAAGUUUUAUUUCGACAAUAACAACAAAACAAAAACUUUAUUAUAAUAAUAUAGGUAUAAGACUUGAUUGUUCAGCUAUAGGUAAUCCAUUACCUGUAUUAACAUGGUUUCGAAUAAAUGGUAAUGAUGAUCAAUCAUGGAUUCAUGUUCAAUCAUCAGAAUUCAUAAAUUUAUAUGAUAAUGGAAGUUUAUUUAUUCGACCAUUUCGAGAAUAUUUUAAAACAAUUCAUGCUGGUAUAUUCAUUUGUCGAGCAGAAAAUCCAGCUGGUAGUAUACAAACAAUACCAAUUCAAGUUAAACCACAAAUCUAUGAUACAUAUGAAAUAGAAGUAAGAAAUCCCUAUGGAUUUGAACAAUCAUCUGUUAUAAUAUCAUGUGAAAUCUCUCCGCCAUCAGCUAGUUCUUAUGUAAAUAUCAUAGGUUGGUUAGAAAAAACAAAUAAUCAAAUUAUCGAACUUGAUUUACAGCCAAAAACCAAAUAUAAUUUAUUAGCAAAUAAAAAUUUAAUUAUUCAUAAUUUAACAAAAUCCGACGAUAAUCGAAGUUAUGCUUGUAUUGUUAAUAAUCAAAUCGAUAAUCAUACAAGACAAAGUCGAUUCAAAUUAUUACGUGUUCGAAAUCGUUCACCAUUUGGACCUGAAUUAUCUAUAAUAAAUAAUACUGAAUAUCGAGCUCAAGUUGGUAAUAUUAUUGAAUUACCUUGUGGUAUAGCAUCAUUAUCAAACAACGCUAAAAUUUCAUGGUGGAAAGAUGGAAUUGAAUUAAAUAAUAUUGAAGAAAAACUUUAUAAUAAUUCUUUAAUUGUUCAACUUUCAUCUUCAACUGAUUCAGGAAAUUAUGUUUGUCAAAUUGAUGAUGAAAUAAUUGGACGAAUGACAUCAUACAUUUCAUUAAAAGUUAAUCUUCCAAUUCAAUGUAAUAUGAAUAUUCAACAAACAAAUAUUAAUGCAGGAUCAAAUACAGAAUUAAUUUGUAGUAUUAAUACAAUAGAAAAUCCAUCUAUUCAAUGGCAAUGGUAUCAUAACUCUAUUUCAUUAUCUACAAAACUAAAUCAAUAUAUGAUUAUUAAUGCAACAAGAGAUGAUAUGGGAAUGUAUCAAUGUUGUUAUAUAUCAAGUUCGACAGAUUUAAAUAGUUGUUGUGCACAAACUCAAAUUCGAAUCAUUAAUUCACCUCCUUUUAUCCAUACUAAUUCACAAAAACAUUUAAAUAGUAUUGUUAUAUUACCAGAAAACAAUUCUCAUAGUUCAAUUGAUCUAAGUCUUACUAUUUAUGGUGAUCCAAUACCCGAAAUAAAUAUAUUUAAAGAUGGUGAAAAAUUAUUAGGAAAUUAUUCAAUUAAAUAUCUGCCAUCUGGUGAUAUCUUUUUUCAUUAUGCAAUUAAUAUAUCAAAUAUUAAUGAUACAGGUCUUUAUGAAUGUCAGGCAAAAAAUUUUUUUGGAUCGAUUUCAUCAUCAAAACAUAUUAAUAUAAAAAAACAAAAACCAUUUAUUCAGCCAUUAUCAAAUUUAACAUUUCGAACUGGUGAACAAUUUACUCUUACUUGUUAUGCUUCAGGUCAUCCAAAUUUACAUUUACAAUGGAUUGAUCAAACAAAUAAUGAAAUAGUUAAUACAUCAUCAACAUCUCCACUGCUAUUCACAUCAAUUAAUACAAGAUCAAAUAUCUAUAGCUGUCAAGCAAUAAAUCCAUAUGGUAAAGUUUCUUCUCAAUUAUUUCUAACAAUUCAAAUUCCUGCGAAAAUUCUAUCAGUAACAUCAAAUCAAACAGUAAAAAUAAAUUCAAAAUUAAAGAUUCAUUGUAUAACUGAAGGUGAUAAUCAAAUUGAAUUAAGAUUAAAAUAUCCUCAACUAAAUAAAUUAAAUCUAAUUGAAAAUAAAUCUGAAAAUACAAGAAAAUUAUCAAUUAUUAUUGAUAAUAUACAAAUGUCUGAUAGUGGUUUAUAUGAAUGUUAUGUUAAAAAUAAUUAUUCAGAAGAUCAUUCUAUAUUUGAAAUUAUUGUACAAAAUAUACCAGAUAAAAUAGAAAAUAUUUUUAUUGAAAAUUCUCAAAAAAUUUUUUGGAUGAAACCAUUUGAUGGAAAUUCAAAAAUUUUAAAAUAUAUUCUUAGAAUUCAAUCUAAACAAGGUUUAUCAUGGUCAAAUGAAACGAUUAUUAUUAUUGAUAAUAGUGAUAUAACAAAUUAUUCAUUUGAAAAUAUUUUUUCGCAAUGUAUGAUUUCAGUUAUAAUACAAGCAGUAAAUAUAAUUGGUUCAUCAUUACCUAGUGAACGUAUUUAUUUUCAAACAAAUGUUCAACAAUUACGAGUUGUUCCGUAUAAUCUUACUGCAGUUGAUAUAUCUUCUAAAAGUUUAAUAUUGACAUGGCAAUAUCCAUCAUUUCAAAUAUGUAACAAAUCAUUCAUUGAAUUUGUUAUUGAAAUAAUUGAUCAAUACAAUCAAACAAUUAUUAAAACUCAUAAUUAUCAUUCAACAAUAUUAACUAUUAGUCAAUUAAAAAGCUAUACUUAUUAUACAUUUGUCAUUUAUGCAAGAAAUGAAUUAGGAUCGAGUCCAAAAUCAAAACCAUUAAAAAUAAAAACAUUGGAGAGUGCCCCUCUUGCUAUGAUAGGAGAUUUAACAGGAACUUUAUUAAAUAGUUCAACUGCUUAUAUAACAUGGACUUUUGAACAACAUGGUUUUCAACUUCUUAAUGGAAAAUUUCGAACAUUUGUUGUAACCAUGUAUGAAAAUUUUGAUAUGUCAACAUUAACAGCAAUUGAAACAAUCAAAACAAAUCUUAUACUUUAUGAUCUGCAUUCAUCAUCACAGUACUUCGUAUCAGUAUCAAUUUGUAAUUAUUUUGAUUGCAGUUCAUCAUCGAUAGCAAUUGGUAUUAGAACACCAUCGUCGAUUCUUGAAACAUCGACAACAAUUAUACAUCCAAUAAACAAACCACUCGUACUUAAUUGUCCAUACGCAACUAAUAAUUCUCUUAAUAUUUCCUAUCCAAAACUAUCCGAAACAUACAGUCAAUAUCAAUGUGGAUCGAAAUUAUUUAAUAUUAGAUACUAUGAUAAACCAUCAUCAAUUCGAGCAAAAAUUCAUUAUACAAUGUCAAAUGAAAUUGGUUUAAAAAUUUUUUAUCCAUUUGAAAUAAUUGAAACUAUAACAAUAACCUAUAAAAUAAAAGAUAAUUCAUUUAUCCAUGAAUUAAAUAUAUCUCCACCAUUAUCAAAUAUUCGUUUAACAAAUCUUUCUUGUGGAAAUAUUUAUGAAAUCAUGAUUUAUACUAGUAACCAAGCUGGAUUUAGUUCAACGGAAUAUUUAAUAACAAAAACAGACGGUUCAAUUCCUUCAUUAAUUCAAUCAAAAGAUUUACUUCGAACGGUUUCGAAUAAUUAUGUUAUUGUUAAUAUGGCUACUUGGAUGAUUAAUGAAUGUCUCAUAUUAUCAUACGAUAUUGAAAUAUUUCCAAUCAAAAAUUCAGAUGAAAAUAAUCUUAAUCGAUAUUUGUCAUUUAAAAAUCAAAUAAAUGAAAUAAAAAUUGAUCAUCUUAAAUCAGAUCAUGAUUAUCAAUUAAAUAUUAAAAUUCAUAGUCAAGCUGGUGAAAAACUUGAAAUAAUUCCUUUUCGAACAACAAAGAAUAAUAAUCAAAUAAAACUAAAGCAUAAACAAAUUUUUCUUUUUCUUCUACUUACAAUUAUUUCUUUUGUAUUAAUAUUUAUUUUAAUUUUUAUUAUGAUGAAAUUUUGUCAACAUCGUUUAAAAAGAACUGAAUUAUUCAAUGGUCAAACUAAAACAUCAAAACCUAUGUUUUGUUCAUCAUAUUCAAAUAAACAUCAUCGAUAUUAUCAUAAAAAAUGGUUACAAACAGAAAAUGACUUUACAAUUGAAAAUUAUACAAAUAAAAAUCGAUCAACUAGUUUGACAUCCGAAGAUUCUCAAGGCAAUAUAAAUCCAUAUGCAGUUACGGGUGAUACGAUGAAUUAUAAAGAUAAACGUGAUCAUGGAUACGCUUGGAGAGAAACUGAACAUAAUAAUUGUCAGUUAGAUUCUGCAGAUAUCCACCCAUCAAUUACGUCUUGUGAACGAUAUUUUCGUCCAAUUAAUCUUGAAUCUUCAUUAUCAAAUGAUCAGAAUUCAUUAAAACGAAAUCCUCUGACAAACUAUUCUGAAAAAUAUUUAUUACCAAAUAUUGUUUCAACAGUUUCAUCAUCUGAAAAUAAACUUUUUUCUGCGUUUACGUAUAUUUCAACAUCAAAUCCAAUAACAAAAAAAAUUUCCAAUCAUGAUCAAAGUUUAUCAUCUGCAGAUUCCGGUGUUCAUUCAUCUUAUACUCAAAGUCCUCGAUGUCCAUUACAUAAUUUUUCAUUUGAUCAUUCAUUAUUAACAAAUCAAGAUAAUCCAUUAUAUGCAACAUAUGAUGAAAAAUUUUUUCAAGAGACUAAUUCUGAUUCAUAUAAACAUCAACAAUAUUCAUUAGUUUAA